AUGUUCCAGCUGGAGUUCUUCCAUUACGACUAUUCAACAGCAAACGAGCUCUCUUCGGCAUUGGACGAGAAGAUUGCGCGGGACUCCAUAGCAGCGGCUGGUCAAGACUAUUUGACUAUUACAUCUCUCAGUGCUCGUCAAGCCUUUGCUGCAACCCAGUUGUGCGGCACGCCGCAAAAUCCAUAUCUCUUUAUGAAGGAGAUAUCUUCCAACGGCAAUAUGAAUACUGUGGACGUCAUUUUCCCUGCUCAUCCAGUAUUCCUGUACACCAAUCCAGAGCUGCUCGAGCUUCUUCUGAAGCCCAAUUUUGAAAUCCAGAAAUCCGGGCAAUACCCUAACGCUUAUGCGAUGCAUGACAUUGGAAGCCAUUAUCCCAACGCCACUGGCCACCCUGAAGGCAAUGAUGAACCAAUGCCGCUCGAAGAAUGUGGAAAUAUGAUAAUCAUGGCUCUGGCGUACGCACUCAAGUCAUCCAACUCGGGUUAUCUGAGCGAACACUACGCAUUGUUGGAGCAAUGGACAUCAUAUCUGGUCGACGAAGCUAUCUACCCGGCGAAUCAGAUAUCGACGGACGACUUUGCUGGCCCUUUGGCCAACCAAACCAACCUGGCUUUGAAGGGGAUUAUUGGUAUUGAGGCCAUGGCGACCAUUAGCAAGCUCACCGACCACGCUGACGCAGCUACCAAUCGUUCUGCUAUCGCCCACGAUUAUAUCGAUAGGUGGCAAGUACUGGGUAUUGCUCAUGAGGCGGAUCUUCCACAUACCACGUUGUCUUACGGCUCAAAUGAUUCUCAUGGUCUCCUGUACAACCUUUACACCGACCGUGAGCUGGGCUUGAACCUGGUGCCCCAAUCUGUUUAUGAUAUGCAGAGCAAGUUCUACCCAACAGUGAAGAAUAAGUAUGGAGUGCCGCUGGACACCCGACACCAGUAUACUAAAGGUGAUUGGGAAAUGUUCGCAGCAGCGGUUGCCUCGACGAGUACUAGGGACAUGUUCAUUGAGUUGCUUGCGAAUUGGAUCAAUCAAACACCUACAAACCGCGCUCUUACUGACCUCUAUGAUACUGUUAGCGGGGAGUAA